AUGAAUAAUGAACUUCUGCAAUUUUAGUUGAUUUUAUUAUCUUCAUCUGUGAUCACUUUAUUUUAUAUUUAUGACCGAGAAUUGAAUAAAUAGAAGAUUUAACUAUUGUUUUCUAUAUGUAACAUUAGCAUAUUUUUGAUUGAAAUAAGAAUGAUAGGAAAUUUGUAAUGUAAAUAUGUGUUACCAAAUAAUAAUAGAUUUAACAAUAGCAGCUGCAAUGUUUUUAAUAUUAAGAUAUUAUUGCAAAUAACCAACCUAAACCUAUAUUCCAUAGAUAAACAUAUUGAAUACAUAAGUUUAAGAACGUACAGGAAAAUUAGAUCAAGAAAUAGAAUAAUAACCUCAAUAUUUACCAGCUAUUCCAUCAAUUCAUGAAAGCAAUUCUAGUAUGACACCUAAAUAGAAUCGACUUUCUAAUGAGAAUAUUAAUGGACCCUAAAAUACUACGGAAAGAGGAUAGCAACAUAUUAAAUAGGAUUCUGGUAUGAGUUUCUUGGGAGAUAACAAAAGAUCAUCAUAUUCUAAAAACUAUAGCAAUGGUGGUAUACCUUAACGAUAGCAAAGCAAUUAACAGAUUUAAUGUAAAUAAAGUGUCUUUAUUUAUUAGCUAAUUUUAACGUUAUAAAGUUUCAAGAUGAUUGUGGAGAGAUCAAAUUUGGAUUACUUAAGACUUUGAAAUCAGUUAAUUAUGAUUAACUUGGAAAAGAGAUGGAAGUUAUAUACUAAAAUGACAAAACUAUAACAAAGUUAUUAUCAAACAUUGAUAAAAAAGGAGGACCUAAAAUUUAGAUUCUUUAUGAGAGUCAAUAACAAACAAAUUAAAUUAUUGAUGAUAAUUUAAGAGGAGCUAUUCAAUUGGAUUAUACUAAUAAUGAUUCAAUUAAAAUUGAUGAACCAAAAAAAGUUACAUGGAAGAAGAUUUUGUUAACUUUAUUUUUCUAAACUGUUUUAAUUUGUAAUUUAUACAUUAGUUAAUCAUGGUAUUUAGUAUAAGUUAUAUUAUUUGCAUUUAUUUGUUUAAGAUAAAUAUUAAUAUUGUCAAAGUUAAAAAUAAAUGAAUUAGAAAUUUCAUUAGAUUUAAGAUAAAUUUUAAUAUGGAAUUCCCUUGUGUUUUUACCUUUAAUUUCUUUAUUUAUGUUAAACUUUAUAAAAUAAAGUAUCGCUUUAAUAGUAAAUACAGUUGCAUAAGUUAUCUCACUUAUGAUCACACUUAAAUAUUACUAAGCAUGUUAUGAGUAAUUUGUAUCUUAUAUAUAUUAGGCAUAUUCAUAUAGUAUCUUUUUAUAUACUUUUAUUAGCCACUAUUCUUUGUUUUAUUUGA